AUGUACGGAUACGGAUAUACACCAGCAGUUGUAGCACCAACAGUCAUGUCAUUCUCAUUUGUCCCACCUCAAGCAUUCCAACAAUGUUGGUUUUACUCAUUAUACACUCAAAUUCAACAAGCUCAAUUAUAUGAAAUGCAAUCUUGGUUUAUGAGAGUUGAUGCAAAUCGUAGCGGAACAAUUAGCAGUGGUGAAUUACAAUAUUUAAAUAUUGGUGGCACUCCUCUUGGUAUUGAAACAGCUACUAAAUUAAUUAAAGUUUUUGAUCAUAAUAAAAAUGGUCAAAUUGAUUUCUAUGAAUAUGCAGCACUUCAUCAAUUUAUCAAUAACCUUUACAGAUGUUUUGUUGCCAAUGAUCGUAAUUUCAGUGGUACCAUUGAUGCAAAUGAAAUUUAUAAUGCACUCAUUACAAGUGGAUUCCAAUUACCAUUCCCAACUGUUAACUACCUUUUCUUAAAGUUAUCCCCAAGUGGUUAUGGCCUUUUAUUCACUCAAUUCUUAAAUUUAUGUGCAACCGUCGCUUUAACUCGUUCAUUAUUUGAAUGGAAUGAUCCAAUGAGAACUGGUGUAGUCCAUUUAAAUUUAGCUCAACUUUAUGAUAUCAUUGCUUUAGUUUAA